AUGUCUUUUCUACGAAACCCCGCAGCUCUUUUUGCUCUAAAUCUCACUACGUUGGUAGGUGUUGUGGGAAGCACCUACAACUUAAGAUCGCAUAUGGUGGAGCUCUCGGAGGAUCAUGAAGCAAGAAUGGAUGAGUUGGAGGGUACCUUGAGAGGACAUAUUGGACUUAUCGAGGAUGCUCUUGAUAGAUUAGAAGGGAAGCCAAAUGGAAACAAGAUGGAACAAUAUUAUGGGAAAAGAGCUAGGGAUGAGAAGAAAACUUAAUUAGCCGGCAGAUGAAAUCUGAUCUCAGAACUUCCAAUUGAGAUGGCAUAAAUCAAAAUCGGAUCGGUGAUAGGUGCACCUAGG